AUGUCUGUACGCCAUUUGCCACACGUAUUCUUGAUCAUUGUUUUUACUUUCUUUAUUUUACAUUUUCUUUUUCUCCUGCUUUUUUGUCAAAGAAUACCAAAAGAAAGCAUUUCACGAAUUCCUGUUGGUGGCACCCGAUUAGACUCCAGUUACAUUUCCAUCCCCGGAAAUCUUUCUACGAGAAUGCAGCGUUUCUGUCACGUUUUAUCACUUAAUCUACUCUUCCUUCUUCUCGCUUCCUCUUCCUUCUUUUUAAUUUCUCGUUAUUUCUUUUUAUUUUAUUUCUCCCUUAGUCUUUCUUUGAGAGUGCAUUUUCCACUCUCACACAAUUUUGCUACAUGUCUAUGUUUUCCUUUCUUUCUUUCUUUUCCCUUUUCUAUCUCCUACUUUGUUCCACAUUUCUUAUUUUGUUCGUGUUUUACCGUCUUUCUUUUGUCCUACAGCUUAUAUAAUUUGGAUUUCACUUUUCUCUCUUUUAUUCUAUCUCUCUCUCCCUCUCUCUCUCUCUCUAUAUAUAUAUCAUAUUCCCCUUAUUUUUCUCUUUGUUCCCUUUCAAUUUUGGUUCAUUUCCUCUUUGUUUCCUUUCAUUUGGUCAUCUAUUCUCGUCUGCUCCCACCUUUUUUAUUCUCCCUAUCUCUUUCUCUCUCUAUUUCUCUUUUAUUUCCUCAAUAUCCAGUUAAGUUUUCUUUAUUUCUUCCCAGUCCUUUGACAUAG